AUGGGGGUCCGCGUGCCGUGGCGGAGGCUGACGGCUGCACCAGAGCUGUGCUGUUUGGAGGUCUUGUUGGGUGUUGGUGUCCCCAGACUCCACCCCAUGCUCAAGCUGGCAGGGCAGGGGAGGGGAGGGCUGCCGCCUCCAUCCGCAGCUGUGCCCAGUCACGGCUGGAGCAGGGAGGCAGACGCCCUGCGGGCUCCCCGCGUGCGCACGGCCUUCACCGCGGAGCAGGUCAGCACCCUGGAGAGCACCUUCCAGCGCCGCCGCUACCUGGGCCCCGCGGAGCGCCGGAGGCUAGCCCGGGACAUGCGGCUCUCGGAGGUCCAGAUAAAAACCUGGUUUCAGAAUCGCCGCAUGAAACACAAGCGCCAGCUGCAGGACUCCCGGCUGAGCGGCCCCCUCCCGGGAGCGCUCUGCCCGCCGGUGCCACUCUGCCCGCCCCCCUCCGCCCUCGGCAGUGGCUUGCAGCUUCUGUGCCCUUGGGCAUCCCCGCUGGGGCCUCCCGCUCCGACACAGCCCCCUGGCUCCAUCUGGGAUCCCUGCCAAGCGGAGCAAGCCUCCCGGACCUUGGCGUGGGCCCCGCACAGCAGGCAGCCUCUGAUGCUCUGCCUCCCGGAGCCUGGGGGCCAGGCGCACACGCUGGGCCCAGCCCUGUCCAGGGGACCCUGGGACCAGUGUGCCCUGCCCCAGACCGGGGAUGCCUUUUGA